AGGUUGGAGCAGCAGAAAAACCAUUUGAUCUCUAUGCUAGACUUACAGUCCUCUGCCGGAGAUCUUGACAUAGGCGUAAAUGACCUGGAGGAGGACGUGGUAAAGGUUGAGGAGAUCAAAGUAGAGGACACGGUGGCCGCGAACGAGAUCGCCGACAAAUUGCAGGGUCUUACCGCACGUGAGCGGCUGCGAUUGAAGAGAUUGGCCAAAGGGAAGCGCAGCGCCGCGCUCAAGGUCAAGUCCUCCAAGUCCAAAACAGAUGCAAACGCCGCAGUGGGAGCCUCAACGGGAGGGAAUGUCGGCACAGAUCUUAUCGAGGCUGCGGAACCCGUGGUGGAAGUGAAUCCGAACGAAUGGCCGUUUGAAAAUCUCUGCGAUGAGUUGCGACACGAUCUGUUCGACGCAGAAUGGGAGGUCCGACACGGCGCAGGCUCAGCACUCAGAGACGUCAUCAAGACCCACGGGUCGGGGGGAGGCAAAGUGAAAGGAGCGCUGCCCAAUCAGAACGCAGAGAAUCACAACCGAUGGCUCGAGGACAUUGCCAUCCGCUUGUUGUGUAUUUUUGCCUUGGAUAAAUUCAGCGAUUUCGGAUCAGACCAGGCUGUAGCGCCUGUGCGCGAGACUUGUGCGCAGUCGCUAGGGGCGCUGUUGCCCUACAUGGACGCCGCUUUAGUUGCUCGAGUGCUUUCUGAACUGCUGCAUCUGCUGGAACAAGAUAAGUGGGAGGUUCGGCACGGCGGACUGCUGGGUGUGAAGUAUAUUUUGGCAGUCCGUUCUGAUCUUGCGGAACAGCUUCUGCCCACGGUGCUACCAGCCAUUCUGGGUGGAUUGAUUGAUGAUGACGAUGACGUCAGGGCUGUGGCUGCGGAAGCAGCACGACCGAUUGUCGAUGUCAUUUGCGCACAUGAAGCCUCCAAGGUGUCAGAGCUGCUCAGCAUACUAUGGGAUACUCUUUCAGACUUAGACGAUCUCACGGCAUCCACAUCUAGUGUGCUGUCUCUGUUGGCUGAGUUACUAUCGCACAAAGACGUUAUGCUCAUCAACGAGCGCGAUCCGGAUGCCCUGACAUCGCUAGUGCCCAAGUUGUUCCCGUUCUUUCGCCACAGCACCACUGCUGUGCGAAAGGCCACGCUCAGGUGUCUCUCCAUGGUCAUCGGAAACGUCACACCUCUGUCUGAACUUGAACCAGGUAGAGCUCCUCCUACGCGGCAGUGGCUUGAACCUAUUCUACCGUUGAUGGUCAAACAUUUGUUCCAGAACAUGUUACUAGAAGAGAAGCCCGCCAUCACUGAACUCAACAACGAGGUAUGGACCACGGUGCUCGCCCUGAUUCCCACCGAUAACAUCAAAAGUGUGACCCAGGGACACCUGCAGCCAUGGCUUACCUUAUUAGUCACUCCAAUGGGCGGUAACUUCAACGAGGCUUAUCUUGUGCUCCCUCCCAAAGCCCGAGUGGACCGCAAGAUGAAGGGAAAGGACAAGAAGAGAGCGACCGAUUCUGUGGCAGCUGUGGAUGUGUCGAGGGGUCCACGCAUGCCGCUCGAUCCGUGUGAGGCUACCCGUCUACGGCUGUGUGGAUGCAGGGCCUUAGCCGAGGUGGCUCUGAAGUGGCCAGGCGACGAGUCAGCGGCGCUCAUUCAAGCGUUGCAACAGAUGAUUGAUAGCAACAGCAAUGUACAACGCAUAGUGGCAGCCACGAUUAUAUCUGAUUGGAUGGGUCUGUGGACACACAGAGGCUCUUCCGCCAAAACUCAAUCCAAUCAUCCGGCCGCUCAUGGACUCCAUCAAGACAGAACUCGACCCAUUAUUACAAGAAAGGAGACUCGGAGUAUGCGUACCCCAAGCCGCAAAGGCUCUUUCGAUAAUAGUCUAUUUUUUCCUGGUAACUCGAACCCAUCCCAUUCCAGCGCCAAAGCGAUUGCUGCGCUAUUUGACAUAGUACGAACGCGCACUCCAUGCCCCAUCCCAAAGAUCACCAAGAAUCUCUGUGCUUCGGCCUGUGCCGAUGUCAAGGUCGUCCCAGUGGUUGGCACGCCCUCUGCGGCAGAAAUUAACAAAGAUGACCCGGAGGACAGCGACCAUCGCUUCCAUUCCAUCUACACACUCCAACUCAAAACAUACGAAGCUAAUAGCACCGCUGGUCCUGGGAGGAAAUCCAAGCAACCAAUGGCAGAGGUUGUUGACGACGACGUCAAGCUGCUGCGGGCACAAGCAAAUGGUGGAAGAUUAGCACUGCAGCAGAUCACCAAGUACUCAGGACCCAAUCUCUUCACAACACUCCCCAAUUUCUGGCCUCAACUCACUGACAACAUUGUCACGGGCUUGCAACAAGGGUACAAGGACCAACCAAUGGAUGACGGGAGUAUCCAGCCGCUGGUGAACGGCCUCUACGCUACUAAGAUGGUCAUUCCUGCCCUUGAUCCAGUUUACCACCCACAGGUACUGGACUUAUUGCCUUAUUUAAUCAAUGGACUGGGACAUCCCUACAAGGCGGUUCGGUACAUGUGUGCCACCGCAGUUGCCGCCAUCUGCCAGACGGUGGGCUUGGACGCUCUUAUCAUCGAUAUACACAGGCUACCACACUAUAUUAUAUACAAACGCCUACGUUCAUAUGCACAAUGA